CAAUAGUAAUUCAUGAGUUAAGUAAUUGUAUGCUUGUUUGCGGAUGAAAAUGUAUUGGCGGAUGCGACUAAAGUCUAGUUAUUGCUAAGUUGGAGUUUGUGGAGAUGAAAAGUUGAUAUCCUAAACCGUAGAUUAGGUAGGAUUAGGUACGAGGGAGCUAAGCAAGGAUAUACUGACACUAGUUUGUAGAAGUUACUUAUACUCAUAUGCGAGUUAUUUAAGUAUAUUGGGUGAAUUUUUCAGAGGAAUGGUGAGAUAGACUAAGAUGUGAAUCACAUGAUUAUUGUGGGCGACUUAAUUGGAGAUCAACAAUCGGGAUUAUUGUGUGACUGUAGCGUACCUUAUAGGUUAAAGGGAAAUUUCUAUGGGACAACAAUCUGAUAGAAGUUAUAAACUUAUAAUAUGGGUCAAAAUGUUAGAAAUCUAAGAAGGAUCAUAUUAAGAAGAUAAGUAUAGUUGAGAUGCAUAUUCUGAGAUAGAUGUCGGGGACACCUCAAGGGAUAGAAUUCAUAAUGAGGAUAGUUGGAGCAAAAUUGGAGUUACAGAUGUGAUGAUAGAAUAAGAAAAAACCAGCUAUUUUGGAGUUGUAGUGGUGCAAAAAUUGGAGAGUUUGGAUUCAUUAGGAUUUCAGAAGAAUUCGAGGGAUGCCAAAUAUAACUUAGAUGAAGAGAGUUAAAAAGGAUUGGAACACAUGAAUCGUGGUUACUUAUAACAUUUACUUAGAAGUGAAUGAGAAAGAGGAAAUUGGUGGAUGGUUAAAGGAGAUGUAUUCAGUUAAAAUAUGAGAUUAGAAAUUGGUGGAAGAAAAAGAGGAUUCUUAUUGAUAAGGUUGUAAAACUACAUAAAGUAAAGAUAGUCAUCAAGCUUUCGAGUGGCUCGCUCACUUUCAAAUUAUGCUAAGCAAUGACAAUGACAAUUCAAUACUAUCUGGAGGCCCUUCUCUCUCCCUAUGUAUAUAUAUUAUAUAUAUACUCUCCUCUAAUUAUAACCAAACUGAUUCUCUUUUUUUCACUCUUUCUCUCUCUCUCUCCCCUAAAUAACUUUCAUCUUUCUCAAUCAAGCUAAUCUUCAAUAGUAUUGCUAAACCUAAAGAACCUUUCUGCCUUGGUUAGUUCAUUACAUAUUCUUGGUUCAUGGCUUCAUGCAGCAUCAUCAUUUGGGAUAAAGGUUGGUAGUAGAGGACUAAGGAAAAGUAUGUAAUUGUCUCACAUUUCCUUGGAGUCGGUGCUCAUGUAUAUAUUGGAGAAAUAUUUACAAAAAUCACAUACUUGUCCUUAGUCCUCUAUUAGUUUUUGUAACAGUCGUGCCACUCCAAAAACUAAAAGCCGAACUAUUAGUUUACAGUUUUUGGUUUUAUGAAUGUAAAAGAUAUAUAAUAUGAAAGGUAAAAAUUAGUCAUACUUAUAUUAAACAUGUCAAUUCUGAAAAUUGACAAUAGAAAUCUGGAAACUACACUAUCUUGUUUUCGUAUUUUGUGAAAACUGGAAACAAAAAAUCAUAACGAAUAGGCCCUAUAAUUUCUGUUAUAUUGCUUUUUUUUUUUUUUAAUAAAACUGUUAUAUUGCUUUUAUUAAAGCAUUCUUAAAGAAAUGCAAUUCCACAAUAGUUCCAACUCUUUAAAGGAAAAGUACUAUGUAAAAGGAGUAAGAAGGUAGAGGCCACAUUCAAUUUAUGUAUCCACCACCUAUAAAUAUUCAAGCUCUCUCCCCACCUCUUUUAUUGGUGUCAGACUCUUGUAUGAAAUAUGCCACCCCAAUGUCUAUUAUAUCCUAGAACUGGCCUUAGUCAUUGAUUCUAUGUGAGGGAAAAAAACUUGAUGAAUCAAAGACUUAUGGUUCUUUUAUUGACAUAGAUUAUGAUAAGUCAUUUCAUCUUUCUUUUGAAGGCAUGGGAGAUGAGGUAAUGUAGUUACCUUUUUCUUAUAAAAAUUAAUUGCUAAUUUAGAUGACUCUUGGACGUCAUCAAUUGUUGCUAUUAUUAUACUGGUUUGUUAUGUACUCAUACCUUUUACAUUGUUGUAGAUCUCUAUAUAUAGUCAUAUUUGUCCAGUGGCCCAGUAUAUCGCAUUAUCACUAGUAUUUUUCUAGAUUUUCGGAUGUUGUCUCUAAAAAUCUUGAUAGAGUUAUGAAAAACUCUAUCUCUGUCAAUCUGUCUGAGUUGGGGGAGAAACAGAGAGAUCAGAUGCAGUCUUUUGACUGAAAGUGGAGGGAAGGUGAGGUCUCUGGAUUUGGUAUCCAAGAACUUUUCUUGAAUGAUUAACGGAUAUGCCACUCUUAAACCUGCUUUAUUUUGGUAUUGGAUCAUCAGAUACAAGAAUUGGCUUCAAAUGUAUGUAGAGGAUGCCCUUGUUGACUCCCAUGCUUCCUGUUCUAAUCCAUGAGAAUAUUUUCCCAUCCUUUCUUUAUUUACUUUGUUUUCCUUUUGUUCAGGUAUAAAGUUGGUAUUCAAAAUAAGAAUGGACUUUGGGUGAAAUCUUAGGCAUGAGAAGGAAAAGCAACUGAUUCAAAUUGGAGGAAGAAAUGAUGAAGACUGUAUGGUUACAUAGUUGCCUUUUGCGUCUAAGAAAAAUGUGGAUUAUGCGUACAUUUUAGAUUUUUCAAGUCCCUAAAGUGGCCAUUUUCAGGUUGCCCACAUUGAAGUGCAUUUCUCUUCUAUUCGUUAACAUGCAAAGACCACAAAAUGAGCUUGGGCAACUACUUAUUUAGGAUAUUUCCAAGAUAUUUUGCUGCCGGAUAAAUCAAUUUGGUGAAUAGACGAAGCUUUCAAGUUUCGACAUGCCAAUUGUGAGUGAAUGUUAUACUAGGGUGGGAAUGGAGGUGGUUCGCAAAUUUAUCACAUGCUAGCUGUAGAUUGGCAAUGAAACCGGCAAAUAAUAUUUGGAUUCAAAAGGAGCAAUGCCCCUGUGGAGAUUGGAAGUGUUUUAUCAAAUAUGACGGAGAAGAACAAGGUCAAGCUUGCCAACCAACAAAAGAAGGAACUUUGCUAUCAUCAUCUUCAGAAGUUGUCUUUGCACCUUAUGUGGGUCAGAUUUUUAGUACUGAUGACGAGGCUUUAGAGUACUACAGUAACUUUGCUCGUAAGAAUGGUUUUUCAAUCAGGAAAGCACGAUCUACAGAAAGCCAUAAUCUAGGGGUUUAUAGAAGGGAUUUUGUUUGUUAUCGUUCUGGAUUCAAUCAACCAAGGAAAAAGGCUAAUGUAGAGCAUCCCAGAGACCGUAAAUCAGUACGCUGUGGAUGUGAUGCAAAAUUGUACUUGACUAAGGAAAUUGUGAAUGGUGUUACUCAGUGGUUUGUUUCUCAGUUCAGUAAUGUCCAUAACCAUGAGUUGCUAGAAGAUGAUCAAGUGCGUCUGCUUCCUGCAUACCGCAAAAUACAAGAAGCUGAUCAAGAAAGGAUUCUCUUACUCUCCAAAGCUGGGUUCCCUGUCAAUAGAAUAAUCAAGAUCUUGGAACUGGAAAAGGGUGUGCAACCAGGGCAAUUGCCUUUUAUAGAGAAAGACAUCAGAAAUUUUGUCCGUACAUGCAAGAAAACCGUUCUAGAAAAUGAUGCCCUUCUAACUGAGAAAAGGAUAACUGAUAUGAUGGAACUGCUUGAGGCUUGCAAGGCCAUGUCUGAAAGAGACGGAGAUUUUGUCUUUGAUUUUUUAACAGAUACAACUGGAAAGGUUGAAAACAUAGCAUGGUCAUAUGGUGACUCUGUUCGGGCAUUUGACCUUUUCGGUGAUGCUGUUCAAUUCGACAUUACCUAUCAAUCCAUCACUUAUGGGGUGCUUCUUGGAUUAUUAUCUGGUGUAGACAAUCAUGGCAAGCCAAUCUUCUUUGCCUGUGCUCUCCUCCAGGAGGAAAACUCCCAUGCUUUUGUGUGGGCCUUACAGACAUUUGUACGAUUCAUGCGAGGAAGACACCCGCAGACUAUAGUGACUGAUUUAGAUCCAGGGUUAAGAGACGCUAUAGCAAGUGAAUUGCCAAAUACUAAACAUAUUAUAUCUAUAUGGUACAUUAUGUCAAAGUUAAGCAGUUGGUUCUCUUUGCCACUUGGACUGAAGUAUUCGGAGCUUAAAUCUGAGUUUGAAAUGGUGAGUUAUGCAGAGAGUAUAGAGGAAUUCGAACAUCACUGGAGUCAUUUGAUCACCAGGUUUGGACUUGGAUCAGAUAAACACAUCUCUCUUCUAUCUUCAUAUCGAGCAUCCUGGGCUUUCUCAUAUAUUAGAGACUGCUUUGUUGCUCGAAUCACAACAGUCGAAUACAUGAGAUCCUUGGAUAAUUUCCUGAAAGAUAUCUUGAAUGAGCAAACAUGCUUGCAAGUCUUCUUUGAGCAGGUUGCUCUUGCUGCAAAUUUGGGAUAUGGAGCCAAGGAGGGAAUAGAUUAUAUUCAUCUCAAGACAUGCAUGCCUGUUGAGGAACAUGCAGAAAGCAUUCUUACACCAUAUGCCUUUAGUGUCUACCAGCAUGAACUUGUGCUAUCCAUGCAAUAUGCAUUAAUAGAAAUGGGCAAAGGAUCUUAUGUUGUGCGCCACUAUAAGAAAACUGAAGGAGAAUAUCUUCUGAUAUGGAUUGCAGAAGAUGAGCAAAUCCAUUGUUCAUGUAAGGGGUUUGAACAUUCAGGAAUCCUGUGCAGGCAUGCUCUUAGAUUAUUUAGUACAAAAAACUAUUUUCAACUUCCGGACAAAUAUUUUCCAUUCAGGUGGAGAUUGGAGAGCUCACUUGUACCUACGGGUCAGGAAAGCACUCGACCUAUCAAAGAAGAGUAUUAUCAUGCCUUACAUUCUCUUACUGAUACUCUAGUGACAGAGUCAUUGGUCUCUAAGGAGCGGUUUAACUAUGUCCAUAAGGAACUGACGACACUCCUUGAUCACGUUAAAAAUAUGCCUGUUACUGAAGUUGCUCCAGAAAUAUUAACUAACAAUUUUAGUGAAUCUUAGAUUUUCACAAUGUUGCAAAAACAUGGCUAAUUGUAUUGGAUUAACUGUCCGCAAAAGCAAUUAUAGAUAACAUGACAUGAUUUACAAGACAUUAGAUGAUUACGAAAUGUUGUCAAUGUGGACACUUUAAGUUAGAUCAUAGUUAGAAUACGGCUUGAACAAAACAUAAUCAUUAGAGAUUUAGCUAUUGUUUACACUUGCAUCCAUGACUUUUGUGAUGGUGCGAUUAUUUCUGUAGGUAGUGUGAAUUCCUAUCAGAUCGUAUGGGCAAAAUUGUUUUUCUGUACUCUGUACAAUCCAGGUUAUGUUACUGCCUCCUGUUCUUUGAUAUGUAAUUGUAUGUAUGACGAUCCUUGAUCUUGAAACAGUGGAUACAUAAUGAAUAGUGCAGUCUCCUCUUCGAAUUGGUAGAAAGUAAUAUACUCAUAGAUAGUGGAAUCGAUAUGCUAUAGGGAGCUGUAAAUAAGUCAUGUGGAAUCGAUAUGCUAUAGGGAGCUGUAAAUAAGUCAUCACCCAGGAUGCUUCAAAAUACUUUCUGGUGAUGCUGCAGAGAUCUGUCCUUGCAGACUUUCCAGGAUUCAAGAUAACAGGUCGAUUUACUGCUCCAGGUACAUAUAUUUUUCUCUGACUUUAGAAAAUUAUGGAACCAGUUGAAUUUUAGCCCAUAAUGGAAGUGACCAAAUCACCUCUUUUCUUGUAUGACAUUCUUAUUGCUGAAAAUUUUCUUUUCACAGUAGAAAAAUCCAAGUUCCUGAGUCAGGGACUUUGCUUCUCAUGAUUAAGCUCUGUGUUGUUUAGGCCAAUUAGGUUCUUCCAGAAAGAACAGUUGACAAUCACUACAUAUAUGUUGUAUCCUCUGUGAAGAUUGUGAUUCUGGAAAAUUGGUGUUAGUAUAUACUAGUCCGUUGUUGUCAAGCAACUAUAUCAGCGGAAUAAGAGUAAGAAAGCAUCUUGUUAACUCAUAAUGUAGAUGUAGUAAUUUUAUCACCUGACCAUUUAAAUAUGUCCACUUUCUUACUGCCUUUUUCUGUAUGUAUUUCACUUUGACAAUCAUCUUGUUGCUGUAUACACAAUGAUAUUCUGUCUGACAAAUAUGUAUUUGAUGAACAUAUAAUUGUGGUUUUUACAUAAUCGGUUAGCAUCAAAUUUAUGAUUACCCAGCUGGUAUAUGAUUGGUUUUUAUUCCUACUAUUAAGGUGGGAUGCAUGAAGUUUUGCACUUCUGCAGCAUCUAUAUAAGCCUUCGUGCAAACGAUCUGUUAAGUUUAUGCUAGUUGCACAGUUGGUGAGGUCCCCAAGGGCUGCCUGAGGCUUCAGACUUCAAAGUUCCUCGUGAAAAAUAAAAUUUUAACUUAACUGUAAUUAUAUUUGAUAACUUACAGAAAGUUUUUGUACUUCAUCCUUUAUUUUAUUUGCAAUGUUUUCCAUUUUAGGGAGUUGCAUAUUACUUGUAACAUUGACAUUUUUGGCAAUAUAUUUUAUCUUUCUCUCU